AUGUUGGUCUUUACUAACUGGGAGUAUCGCGUUGGUAGUUUCCCGGCCUUAAGUGACCACUGCUCCUCAGUUUCAACAACAGGCUUCGGCGGUUGCGUCGGGGGUCCUGGCUUGGCUGGUUGGUCUCCUGGUGACGCAAUCGCUUUCCGCUUGGCAACGGCUAUCGAUCGGGCCUGGGACUCGACUGCGGCACUCUUCCGAGGUGGAGGUGGCAUCACAGGAGUCCCGGAGGCUGAGUUCAGCGGAGUUUUGGACACAACACUGAGAGCCACAGUGACUGGGAAGGCAGAUAAUAAUGACAAACAAGGGUGUUUCAUACAGGUUGUGUUGAGACCGAUAUCAUGCAGAGACUCGGGUCAGUACUUCUGCAAAACCAACUACUUAACAGUAGAUUUGGAUCCUGGUAUCUCAGAAGACAGCCGAAAUAUUACUGUACAUAGUCCAGUCUCUGUGUUUGUUAGACCACGGAAGGAGGCUGAUCCAUACUUCGUGAAUGAAACUGUAGAAUUCCGGUGUACUGGUGAUGUUGGGAAUCCAUCACAAAGCAGACCGUGGUUAUGGCAAUGGAAGUUAGUAAGCGGUAUGAUGGAUCUGUGGACAUCUUACCCAUAUAAUGACAGGAUCCACGAUGAUCCAGUCACUCCUGGAAACUGUUUGAAUCAGGGACGAUCCACUCUAAGACACGUUGUGUCUGUGGAUGACAAUGGCCGGAUGUUCCGGUGUCUCGUGAACAACAACGAAUUGUACUCUGCCAACUUUACCAUCUACAUUGAAAGUGAGUAUGAGACAAACUUAACAUGA